AUGUCCGGAAAGGAUAAGCGUGGGUCCAAUUCCGCACCAAAAGGAGCGAACGCAAAGCUCCCUUCCGGAGACGGAGCCACGUUCUCGGCGACACUGAAGAAAAUUGUCGACGACUUCAACGCACUUUGCAAGGAGAGGGAUGGACUGCAAGAGUACGGGAGUCUCUCAGACCAGCUUGCGGCUUGCAAGCAAGAACUAGAGAGAAAAGACGAAGAGCUCAAGGGAAAGCAGGAAGAAUUUGAGGAACUUGUUCGGGAGAAAGAUGCGAUCAUCAAAAAUCUCCGGCAAGACCUGGACGAGCGGGAAAUUGGCGGGCAAGAACUGCUUCGGAGAUUCGAGAACCGCUUCAGCGAGUGGAACACGCAGCAGGAACAACAUGUCAAGGACUUGGCAGAAUUGGCCGAGUUGAGGAACCAGAACGCAAAAUUGAAGCAGACAGUUGGCGAAAAUAACCUGCGUCUCAAGGAGCUUGACUCUGUCAAGAGGCAAGUCAGGGAGCUCGAAAAGAAAAACAAAGAGCUUGGUUUCGAUAUUCGGCAAAAAAACCUGGAUUUAGAGGCAAUGGCGAAUAAGCUAAAGAAUAGCACAUAUGCACUGAACCAAGCGAAUGCUGCCAUCGGGUUUCUCCCAUGGGAUACGAAGGACGAGAAGAAAGCGGAACAAGCAUUCGAUUCUUUGAGCUCAAGAUUGCACCAAGUAGUCCGGGAACACUUCUACAACAAAGUUGCUAAUCCUGCUUUCCCCAAACUCCCCGGGGAUAUACCGAAAGUGCAGUCCAAUUCGGAAGCUGCCAAGUAUAUGCGCUGUGCAGCUGCUGAAGCAGUCAUCUCCGAAGAACUGGCUCGACGGAUCUUCAGGGAUUUCUACGUAGCAGAAAACCUAGGAACCCUCGAAGGCCCUAUAAUUGACGCCGUGAACCUGCUGAACACGAGCAACAAGAGCGAGGGCAGCGUCAUUCGUUGCCAAUUCGCAAAGGCAAGCCAGGGUCCCAAUGUAGUCAAAGUCGUCUCGCAGAAGGCGACCAGAAACGUCUGCAAGUUUCUCGGCUGUUGGCUCGAGGACAGGGCUCAAAAGGCAAAAUUGGAAAACGACCUCCAGGCCAUCUUUACCGAAGCGAUAGAGAUGUGGCUGCCGCUCCAGCGCAUUCGAGAAGGGGCUUGGUCAUAUACCGCUACCGAGGCGGAACACUGGUUCAACAGACAUCGCCAAGAAUAUGAUGCGGUGAAGUUGGAAGAGGAACACCUCAAGAAACAGCAACCGCCCUCUCGCCUAACUAAGCCGCUGGCCGUCCUCUUUCCGAAAAUUGUGAUCGGUAAUGUCUGCAUAUUCCACGGGUUCGCACUCCUCCCAACGCAGUCGGCAGUCAUUGCGGCGGAAUUGGAGGUCGAAGCCAACGGUCAGCAGAUGUCCAGUUCAGGGUCCCCGAGCUUACGGAGAAUGAGUGUGCCGACCCAGGGAGUGCACCUGAGAGAUACCGACUGGGACCUGGCUAAUGGAUCGGAAGUGCAUGCAACGCAUGGCUCGUCGAUAGCAGGAAGCGACAUGUCAUACUCGGGGAGGAUAGCAAGAUCGCAGUCAAUGAGGGAGCGCGGUGAAUCUACACCUACUGGCUCAGUCCUGGGUCAGAGCAGUAGACCUUCUCCUUAG